CGGCACAGAGGAAGACCGCGCACGCGUAGAGAGGGUCUCGCGCUGCUCAUAAAAGGGAAAAAGCGUGCGUGGUUCUUGAGCCGCCGCGAAUCUUCGAACGUGAGCGCGUUAUUAUCCGCAGACUCUGAAAGGCAUUCGAGGGAUAGACGCGCCUGCUCCCGCCGUCGCAGUUUCCAGCGCGACUUGCUUAUUCCACCCGUGGCUCUGUAGUUCCCUGACCCACAUCUACAGACAAGGAGGAGACAACAACUACCGCCAAGCACCCUCGUACACCAUGGCCCUCGUGUCUGCUGAUUCCCGCAUAGCAGAACUGCUCACAGAGCUCCAUCAGCUGAUCAAGCAAACCCAGGAAGAGCGUUCGAGGAGUGAACACAAUUUAGUGAACAUCCAGAAGACCCAUGAGCGGAUGCAGACAGAGAACAAGAUCUCUCCCUAUUACCGGACAAAGCUGCGUGGCCUCUAUACAACCGCCAAGGCCGACGCAGAGGCUGAGUGCAACAUCCUCCGGAAAGCCCUAGAUAAGAUUGCGGAAAUCAAGUCUCUGUUGGAAGAGAGGCGGAUUGCGGCCAAGAUCGCCGGCCUGUACAAUGACUCGGAGCCCCCUCGGAAGACCAUGCGCCGGGGGGUGUUGAUGACCCUGCUGCAGCAGUCAGCCAUGACCUUGCCCCUGUGGAUCGGGAAGCCUGGUGACAAGCCCCCACCCCUCUGUGGGGCCAUUCCAGCUUCUGGGGACUAUGUGGCCAAACCUGGAGAUAAGGUGGCUGCCCGAGUGAAGGCCGUGGACGGGGAUGAGCAGUGGAUCCUGGCCGAGGUGGUCAGUUACAGCCAUGCCACCAACAAGUAUGAGGUAGAUGACAUUGACGAGGAAGGCAAAGAGAGACACACACUGAGCCGCCGGCGGAUCAUCCCACUGCCCCAGUGGAAGGCCAACCCGGAGACGGACCCCGAGGCCUUGUUCCAGAAGGAGCAGCUGGUGCUGGCCCUGUAUCCCCAGACCACCUGCUUCUACCGUGCCCUGAUCCACACACCCCCACAGCGGCCCCAGGAUGACUAUUCAGUCCUGUUUGAAGACACCUCCUAUGCGGAUGGUUACUCCCCCCCGCUCAAUGUGGCCCAGCGGUACAUGGUGGCUUGUAAGGAGCCCAAGAAAAAGUGAAGCAGCCAGUCAGACUCUCAGUUGCCUGACACCCUAGAUCGGGGGAUGCAACACAAGAUUCUGUGACCAAAUAAAUACUCUUCCUCGUG